UGGAGGAGAUUGGAGAAGCGAAGAUGUGCUAAAGAAAACUUUCUCAUUUUCUGGUCUGGCAGUUUAAAACUUGCUUCUGGAGGAGAGAGCAAAUCUCGUGACUUUUAUUUUUCGUCUCUCUCCCUUCCCUUCCCCCGCUCCAUAAUUGACGUUUCUCUCCCCCCACGGUGUUCCCGGGGCCUGGGUCUCGGAGUGGUCCCGGCGCCGGCGUGCGGGUCCCAGAUGUGUCCUUCUGUCCCUGGGCUCCGCACUCUCCGUUACGCUCGGAGCAGGCGGGAGGAGAACCGGGAGCCGAGAAUCGGGAGCCGAGAGCCGAGACCCAGACAGGCGUGUCCUGGAGUUCUAGGAAAGGCCUGGUCCAGCAGAAUCUGUCUUCAGGAGUACCUGCAGAUCCUAAUCAGGUGACCUAUGUUGCUAUGAAGAAAGGAAUCAGAAAUGACUGAUGUACAGCCCGUGGUCACAGAUUUUUCGUCUUCAGGAAGGGCAGGUCGUCGGAAUGCCUUACCGGACAUCAGGGGAUCUCCUGGUAGUCCUGGAUCAUCAGAACUGCCUAAAAAGCUAGAAAACCUCAACUUGUCACAAGAUGAUCCAACAACAGGUGAAGCGGGCAAAAGCAAUGCGGAAAAUACACCAGAUGUGAAAAAGGGAAGCUCGUAAACACUAGGAAGUUCUAGAUUUGUAUAUGCAGAGGGAGAUACUAAUGGCCUUCUGGUUCUGCUUUACCUAAAUCCCAAGAUCUGGUAGUAACUAUAGUGACAACUGCAGGUCUGUGCAACAUAUCUGUGUUUGGAAAACUAUGAUGUGAAUCUACUUCCUUAGAUUUCUGCACCAAUUUCUACUGUAGGUCAUGCAAAAAGCUAGCAAUCUUCAACUGGCAACCAGUAAAGAUGGGGAAAGAAUAUGAGACUUUUAACAUCUGUAAUUAGGUAUGAUGCCUGAGAUGAACCCAAUUAAAUUGACUUUCAUGUUCUAAAAUAAUGAAAACAAAAUGCACUAAUUAAAAUCACUGAGUAAUUUAUUUUUUUUCUCAUUUAAUAUGUAGCAAGAAAACAAUGACAACAUGGAGUGGGGAGAGGGACAGAUCAUUAGGACCACUGUAUUUGAAAACCCAUCUCUGCAAACUUUAUACAGACAUCAACAAUUUAGCAGCCUACAGCUCUCUCUGAUGGCAUGGUGUAGUGGCUAGAGCAGCCUUGAAAGUAACAUGACCUAGGUUCAAUUUUACCUCUGACACACACUGACUAUGGGACCUUGAUAAAAUUACUUAACCUCUCAGUACUACUAGGCAACUGUCAAAAGUAUAGAUAAAUUUUCAAUCUGAAUUGGUACAGGCAGUUUCCACACCAGGAUUUCCACUACACCAAUGAAACUAAAGGUUCCAAGUCUUCCCUCCUUCCUUCUCCCCCGCCCCCCAAAGAAAGAACUAUGUAAAAGGAAUAGGAGGAAGAAAGUAAAAAUUUACAGUAAAGAAAAAUUUCCCCCAAGAAUGGACCAGAUCUUUUUCUUAACUGUGAAAAUGUUUUGAAAAGUUGUAAACAUUUCAGCAAUUUGCAAAUCUCUGAGCUCUCUUUUAAUCAUCUUCUGCUUAAUAUUAUUUUGUGCAAUUUCUGGGUUGGGUUUUUUUCCAUGUAUCCUUGAAAGUCAAAAUUUGUAACCAACUUACUUCAUUUGAACAUGCAAAUUAAAAUCAUUGCAUCUCCUUUGUCUAGUUCUGUAUUUUCUGUCCCUCUUUGAUAUCCCAAGGUAUAGCCAUCUGAUGCUCCUGAGGCCAGCACUCAUGGGACUAUUUAUUUCCUCCUAAGUGCUUUGCCUAGAAUUAAGUUAAACUAACACUAUGAUAGUAGUAGGGCUUUGGUUGGGGCAUUUAAUUGGAACAUUCAAGUGUGGUUAAAAAAUGGCAAGUCAUAACCCUAGAAUUAUUAAGGGGGUUUGGGGAAAAGUAUUAGCAUGCUUUUCCAUUCAAUUAUACUUUAAAAAAUAAAAACAGUUUUAAUUAAAAUCACUAAUUAUAAACAUAAAGCUUGAAGUACAUAGUCCUAAAGUAUGAUUUAUUCUGGAAACCAACCCCUUACCUUUCUCAUUAUCUCACUGUUAUUUGUUUUCAUUCAUUGCUUGGUCUAAUCCUGGUUUUGAUCUGACCCUUCUUUGAUCCUCAGAUGUG